GCGAUCGAGACGAGUUCAGUUCGAGUCGGCAGCGAGAGUGAACGCGUUUCUAGGUUUUAUCUUCCGUUCUUCUGUUCCCCGUUCGCACAGCAUUCUGAUACUCACCAUUUCUCGUGUGCUGGUUGGAGUGGUAUGAAGAACUAGGAGAGUAGGACCUGGUUGGAGAUAGUUUUUUUUUCUCUUCUUCUGAAGUUGACUUGCGAAGUAGAACAAAAGUAAGAGACGGGGUGGGAGUUGGUUGUAUCUGCACCGUUGUUUUGCUUCGAUUCGGUUGCUGUUGUUUUUAUUGUGCAAUUAUGUGCUGACGCGAUUAAGAACAAUAUUUAAAGCUUUGUUUCCGUUCGACCUUGGUGAUGAUUUUGCGAUAAGAAAGGACAUGUGGAAUAAACGUUUGCUGACGGAAUCAGAAAACAAGAGGCUGUUGGGUUUGUGAAAAAUAUAAAUCAGUGGAAUGACGUUGUUUGAUCGAUCAAAGAAACACUCGAAAAUAAGAUCAGUGAGAAAAUUCAAACUUAGAAGUUUCAGUUAGUAACCAGUUCCAAUCGAUGGUAGACAACAAUCAUUGAAUAAAGUCGUUCAAAAGUGCAGAUUUUUCGUCAUUCACUUCGAUACGGUUUCGAUUCCUUUGCCCGCUACUAAUACAUGAGUGAUGUCCGUAGGCGAAGCAGCAACAGUAGGAAGACGAGGUGAAACGUGAUGACUUUGGAGAAUAACAAUAACAACAGAAAGGUGUUGUGGAUAGAAGAAACCAUCGAAUGAGAUAGAGACCAUCCUGUGGAGGUCGCGGAUCGGAGAGAAAGGCGAAAAGAGUGAGUGGCCCCCAAAACAGCCUACUUGGAUUGACGGCGCAAACGAGUCCCAGUGUUGUGCAAAAUUGCAUGGAUGUGUGGAAGGAAGCGGCUGAAAAGAGAGUGUGCUGAAAAAAGUGAGAAGGAGGGAGGCAGCAUAAACGACGGUUUUCUGUUUUUAUUUUCUUUGCUCCGUUUGCACUCUCGUUCCUACCUGUGUGUGCAGUAGUAGUAGCAGCAGCAGCAGCAGCAGCAAGUAGGCUGUGCUGGGGUAUUUAGUGGUGUUUGCGGUUGCUGCGAUUGUGCGGCUGUAGUGGUAUGCGGGUAACAGCUACGGUCGGCUAGUGUCAAUAAACUCUGGCGUCGGAAUGAGAGGUGGAAUACGCGAAGCAAUGGAACACGGCAAGCUUGGAUAAAAGUUGAAACCUUCGGGACCAAAAAACCUUCACACACACACACACAGAAAUGUAGCAUUACUGGAUAUUGUUGAACUUGUUCAGAAAUGAUUACUGCAUUCAUAUUAUUGUCAUAGCGUACGUGAAGAAUAACUAUUGAAGCAGUAGCAGAAUGACAUCAACCGAGUCGCGUGGAAACGUAUCUGUAACGACGAUUAACUGUGGGAAUGAUACCGGCCUGAGCCCGGCUAACGUGGCCACAAUGAUGACGGCGGGAUCAAGCUCCGGUAGCAGUAGUAGUAGUAAUAGCAGCAGUAAUACUCCGAAUGCCAGUGUCAACAGCAGUACGAUUUUCGGGAACGUUGGUAUCAGAAUAACCGUGCCAAAAAUGGAAGAAUCCGAUGAGUCUGAUACAGAACUAUCCAACAUUGAAAACACAGCUAAGGUAAACAUGCGAGAAGAUAGUCGAGCUAGCAAGGGAUUGCCCCGGCCUAUGUCGUGGGAAGGCGAACUGUCCGAACCGGAAGCGAUGAUGAUUGACAACGAAAACAGUUCAAGUGGGAUUGGUCCGGAGACGGCAACGAUCGAAAAAACAGAGCAACUGUUGGUUACUAAAGAGGAAUCAUCGGGACCAGGCAUCACAGAACCGUUGGCACUGACGGCGGCCAAUCACAGCAGCAGUAGUUCUCCUCUGCCAACUAGAAUGAUCAAACCGGAAACUGGCAUUCCAUUGAUCAAUCAAAGCGUUGCUUCGAGCUAUGCUAAUUCCAUUCCAACUAGUAGUAGUAUUAAUGCUAAGAAACUCUCGGACGUAAUCAAUUUAAAGUACGAACAUGGCCUGGCAGAAAAUCAACCUGCAGUCAAUUCCCCGCUUUUGGUCCGGUCCAAAACGACACUCCUUCCAGCCAAUCCGAGUCCUGAUUCGGCCAUUCAUUCGGUGUACACGCACAGUUCACCAAGCCAGUCGCCGUUGACAUCACGCCAUGCUGCCUAUACUCCAUCGCUCAGUCGCAACAACAGUGAUGCUUCGUACAGCAGCUGCUAUUCGUACAGUUCCGAGUUCAGUCCGACACAUUCGCCAAUCCAGGGACGGCACAACAUGUUUGCCAGCGGGUCCUACAACGGGUCUCCGCUGCAUCACUCAGUAUUAUACAAGCCGAUGAUCGACAACGAGCAGGCUCUCAAGCUUGCCAACCAGGAGGAACCGGUCUUUGACAGCGAACAUCUUCCGUCCCCGGGAAUUUCCCGACAGCAGUUGAUCAAUAGUCCAUGUCCAAUUUGCGGUGACAAGAUCUCCGGGUUCCACUAUGGAAUCUUCUCGUGCGAAUCGUGCAAAGGAUUUUUCAAACGCACGGUGCAAAACCGGAAGAACUAUGUGUGCCUUAGAGGAGCCGCCUGUCCGGUGACGAUUGCGACACGGAAAAAAUGUCCUGCCUGUCGUUUCGAAAAGUGCCUUCAAAAAGGAAUGAAACUGGAAGCCAUACGCGAGGACCGCACUCGAGGCGGUCGUUCCACGUACCAAUGUUCGUACACCCUGCCCGGUACGAUUUUGAGUCCAUCGCUGUCCGGUAAUGACAAUGGUAAUAAUUUUCCGUACUCGAAAUUCUCAACGAGUGGCCAGUUCCCUACGGGCAACAUGGGAGGUCCUGUCGGGCAACAGUUCAAGCUCGAGUCCCAGCAGGAUGUCAAAAGUAACUCGAAUAGUCCUGCCGGCAUGCUUACCGGGAACAAUGGAAGCGAGCAUGCCCGUCCCGGUGUUCCGCAGUUACUGCAGGAAAUCAUGGAUGUCGAACAUCUGUGGCAGUACAACGCCGUGGAAUUGGCUAGGCUCAACCAACCGCCACCACCGGUCACUCCGGCUGCCAUCGCUGCCAGCCCCCUACUCUCCAGUGCCGGUAUCACCAGCGAGAGUAAUCCGGAUCUGAUCGCAAACUUGUGCAACAUUGCAGACCAUCGGCUGUACAAAAUUGUAAAGUGGUGCAAAAGUUUGCCCCUGUUUAAGAACAUUUCGAUCGAUGACCAGAUCUGCCUGCUGAUCAACUCCUGGUGUGAACUGUUGCUGUUUUCAUGCUGCUUCCGGUCGAUGCCGACUCCGGGAGAAAUCAAGAUUUCCCUGGGAAAGUCGAUCACGCUGGAACAGGCCAAACAUAGUGGACUGCAGACCUGCAUCGAGCGAAUGCUCAAUCUGACCGAUCAUCUACGGCGACUUCGCGUUGAUCGUUACGAAUAUGUCGCCAUGAAGGUGAUUGUACUGAUGUCGUCGGACACCUCGGAACUGAAGGAAUCGGAAAAGGUACGAGCCAGCCAGGAGAAGGCUCUGCAGGCCCUUCAAGCCUACACGUUAGCUCACUAUCCGGAAACUCCGGCCAAGUUUGGCGAACUGCUGCUGCGGAUUCCCGAACUGCAGCGGACUUGUCAGCUUUCGUUUCAGGUUGGCAAAGAGAUGUUAACCAUCAAACCCAAGGAAGGCGAGGAACCGUCCUUCAAUCUGCUGAUGGAACUGCUCCGUGGUGAGCAUUAAAAAGGGCGAAACUCUAGGAUUUCGACCAGAAAAACGGAACGACGAACGUGCCUCAUGAAUUCUAGUGCUUAGAAAGGUGCCUCCACGAUCGAAGGAUGUCAAAGGGGGCACUGCGAUCACAGUAGGCGCGGGAACGCCUCACAUCACCAAUCCCGCACGUGUUUUGUGCGGGCAUUCUUCACGCACACAGUUCUCUUGCUCUGUCCGCCACCUUCACGGACGCUGCUUUCCCAUUUCUUUCCUGUUCGUUUCGAGUGAAUCUUCAUGGCGACCGACGGGUGUGGCAGCACAAGCUGUUUGUGUGUUUUUUCUUCUCUCCUGUUUGAAUGCUGUAACCCGAAAUCAAAACUCUUUCUAGGAAUUGUGAUUUUUACUUUUAAUCUAAUAAGUAGAGCGAGUUUAUUUUAUUCCUUUUUAUAAGUAGUUUUAUAUCAGAUAUUUAACAGAUUUUUAUUUUUCCCGGCAGUUUUUUUUCCAUAUUGUCUUGUAAGAAGUUUUAUUUAACUACUCGUAUGUAAUUUUAAAGAUCGUUCAAAACGGUUUUUUCGUGCAACACGUGCACGAAGAAAGAAGAAUGCGUCUAAACGCCCCUUUAACAGAGUUGAUUUUCAUUUUCUCUAUAGUCCAUCGAACCGAUUAAAAGUACCGAUUAAGUUUCCUUAUAGCACAGUAAGGCAGAGCUCAUAUAGUAAGUUAAAAUUCCUUAUGAAAAACACAACAACAACAACAACAAUUUUCCCUAGGAUAGCAAUAGAAAUUUCCCUUCUAAGUAAAGAGAAAGCAACAGUUUGAGUUAUUAAAAAAUAGCAUUGUAUUGUUGAUUGAUACAAGUUUUGUUGAGCAGUGCUUUUUUUUAAUCGAAAUGUUUAAGUUUUUUUUCCAGCGACUCGAUUACGUUUACGUAACUCGAAAGUCGACUGAACUUGCAAAUAUUCUAUUCGGUACAUAAGUAAUAACUGAGAUAAUUUCGUUCAUAAGUUUAGCAUAAGAAAACGUGUCAUCGAAGGAUCUUCAACAUUGCAACAACAACAACAAAAAUCUUAAACUCAAAAUACAUACACAAAAACAAAAAUACAAUAAAAAGUCUGAGCUCCCACCAACCGGAAGAGGGGGGAAACUUCGGGCUGCUCGAUUUCACGUUGAAAAAGGUUUCGAGGCAAACGGAGAAGCAAGAGGACAGAAAGGGUUUAUAGUCCGUUCUCCUGAUCGAUAUAACGCGCUUAUAACGGAAUCGGAGACUCGGGAGACUAGAGCCAAUAUUCCUUGGUUUGGCCAUUUGCCUAUCCGGCAAAAGCAAGCGACGGGGAAAUGUGUGCCUUUUUUGUCUGAGAACCAACCAGAUGGAAAUAUUACAACAAUUUUCCAGUAGAGUAGAAUAUUUUAUAAUGGAAAAUAAGCAAAGUUUUUUUUUUUUGGUGAAAGUGCCACCAGAUGCGAAAAAUCCGAUGAUAUAAAAGAGAACAACUAGUAAACAGAAAUGACUGAACUUUUUAGUCUAGUGUUAAUUAAUUACGUAAUGAACAAAGCAAAAAAAAAAAUAAAAACAACACAACACAAUACCCAAGCGGUCCCGGGUGACGUUCCGCGGACCCCCAGCAGAAUUAGUCUAUUAUGCUACAAUGGAGCAACCGUUUUUUGAAUCGUGUUUUUUGCGACCGGUGGAGAAUAUUUCUUUGAUAGCUGCAAUAUACAACCAACUUUAGAGCCAAGGGAGAACCCAAAGGGGAAGGCGAAGUAGGGAUGGAAAUAAAGAAAUAACAAAAACAAAUAACAAAAGAACAAUUUUCUAAACAUUGUAACGAGGAGUGCAAUACCUUUAUUUUCUAAACGUGCAACUUCCAAAAGGCCGAAAGAAAAGAGAUCAACAGAUAGAUAAGAUUUUUGGAGAACGUUGGCCGGCUUUUGACGCGACGAUUUUUGUGAAAAUGCGACAAAACAGAAAAAAAAGAAUCUAUGAAGCUUCUGUUUCAUUUGUAAAUAUCGGACGGAAACUUGAACACAGCGAAUACAGAAGAAGAUGUCCAAGAAAAAUGAAAAUAUGUGAUGAUACUUGCGUAAAACCCUAGUACUUUAGAGUAAAUAACGAAAAAAAAACAGCGUGAAAGUGAACAUCUAGCAAAAUAUACAGCUACUUAAAAUAUGAUCCUUCUAUAGCGAGAAGAGAAAAAUCAGCGCAUAAAAAUCAGAAAAAAAUCGCAGUAUUUUUUUAGAAACGUACUUUUUACUGAGCCCCUCCUUCUCCUCUCCCUGUUAGAAAGACCGAAUGUUGUUUUUUUGUUUCUCUACGUUACAGGAUAUCGUUUUUAUGGCAAGUUUACGAGAUACAAUCGAUCCAAGAUUAAAUCCAAUACUUCAAACAGUAGUUUUUAUACACGUAUUGUACUUAAACGAAUUUUUAGGUUUAUUAUGUUGUCUCGGAAACGAAAACUUCCCAGAGCGAAGCCGCGGUCCACGGUCCGACCGACCGACCGACCGGUGAAGUCUCGAUUAGUAACUAAUCGAAUUAGGUUGGGCGGAGGCGAAGGAAAAAACGGGAAGCCAAAUUGAACAUUUUUUAAAAUAAAUAUCAGUUUAAAACUAGAA